CUCAUUUUCAUAGUAACAAAAAUAUUUAUUUUCCUACUCUUGUUGCCUCCAUCAAAAUGGCUCGAUUGGCACGGGCAACAUUUGUCAUAUUUCUCAUUUGUUUUAUGUGUUUGGAAUCUUAUGCCCAUGUGAGAGAUCUGACUUCACCACCAAAAGUACCGAUGGAUACAAUCUAUGGAAGCUAUAAAAGUGGACCUAGCGAUCGAGGAAAGGGUCACGAUGUACCACCACUACCAAAAGUACUGAUGGAUACAAUCUAUGGAAGCUAUAAAAGUGGACCUAGCGAUCGAGGAAAGGGUCACGAUGUACCACCACUACCAAAAGUACUGAUGGAUACAAUCUAUGGAAGCUAUAAAAGUGGACCUAGCGAUCGAGGAAAGGGUCACGAUGUACCACCACUACCAAAAGUACUGAUGGAUACAAUCUAUGGAAGCUAUAAAAGUGGACCUAGCGAUCGAGGAAAGGGUCACGAUGUACCACCACUACCAAAAGUACUGAUGGAUACAAUCUAUGGAAGCUAUAAAAGUGGACCUAGCGAUCGAGGAAAGGGUCACGAUGUACCACCACUACCAAAAGUACUGAUGGAUACAAUCUAUGGAAGCUAUAAAAGUGGACCUAGCGAUCGAGGAAAAGGUCACGAUGUACCUCCACCACCAAAAGUAUUUAUGGAUACAAUCUAUGGAAGUUACAAAAGUGGACCUGGGGAUCGAGGAAGAGGUCACGAUGUACCACCACCACCACCAAAAGUACUGAUGGAAACAAUCUAUGGAAGCUAUAAAAGUGGACCUGAUGAUCGAGGAAGAGGUCACGAUGUACCACCUCCACCAAAAGUAUUGAUGGAUACAAUCUAUGGAAGUUACAAAAGUGGACCUGGUGAUCGAGGAAGAGGUCACGAUGUACCACCACCACCAAAAGUACUGAUGGAUACAAUCUAUGGAAACUAUAAAAGUGGACCUAGCGAUCGAGGAAAAGGUCACGAUGUACCGCCACCACCAAAAGUAUUGAUGGAUACAAUCUAUGGAAGUUACAAAAGUGGACCAGGUGAUCGAGGAAGAGGUCACAAUGUACCACCACCACCAAAAGUACUGAUGGAUACAAUCUAUGGAAGCUAUAAAAGUGGACCUAGCGAUCGAGGAAAAGGUCACGAUGUACCGCCACCACCAAAAGUAUUGAUGGAUACAAACUAUGGAAGUUACAAAAGUGGACCUGGUGAUCGAGGAAGAGGUCACGAUGUACCACCACCACCAAAAGUAUCGAUGGAUACAAUCUACGGAAGCUAUAAAAGUGGACCUAGCGAUCGAGGAAAAGGUCACGAUGUACCACCACCACCAAAACUAUAAUAUAGUAGGGUUAAACCAAACUAUAAGCCAUUUUCAAUAUCAUUAACUACAAUCAAAUAAAUUUCUUUAUAAAAAUAAAAAUAUAAUUAAAUAUAGUCAGAAAAAUAAAUCAUUACAA